AUGAGCACCCAACGCGGCAAGAUUGAAUAUGUCGUCUUUGACAUGGACGGACUCCUCAGUGAGCUGCGUGGGGCUGCUGAAAGGCUAACUCUACAGUGUGAGAAACGGAUGACUGAUUGUGGAACUGACAACAGCGACACCGAGCGUAUCUACACCGAUGUGACCAACCAAAUUCUUGGACGGUACGGCCUCACGAUGACGUGGGAGAUCAAGGCCGGACUCAUGGGCAAGGUUCAGCGCGAAUCAUGCGAAUACCUCUACUCGCACUUCCCCGGUCUCGAGGACAAGCUCAGCAUCGACGACUACCUCGCUGAGCGUGUGGUGAUGCAGGACGCGGCGUUCCGAGCGGUGCCGCCCAUGCGCGGUGCGGUGGCCCUCGUCCAGGGUCUGCACGCCGCUGGUAUCCCCAUCGCAUUGGCGACCGGAUCAACAAAGUUCAACUAUGACCUCAAGACUGGCCACCUCCCGGAACUCUUUGACAAGUUCCACCCCGACUGCAUCAUCACGGGCGACUCGCCCCUCAUCGCCCCUGGCCGCGGCAAGCCCAAGCCUGACAUCUUCCUCGCCGCAGCCCGCUCGUUGGGACAGGACGUCGGCGACGCCGAGAACUGCACCACAGCCCAGAAGGAACAGCGCGCUCGCGGACUGGUGUUUGAGGACGCCAAACUGGGCGUCAUGGCCGGUGUCGCCGCGGACAUGAAUGUCGUGUGGGUGCCCGAAGCGGAGCUGGUCGCGCUCAACCCCGGAGAAAACUACGGUGCCAAGCAGACACUCGAGCACCUCGAGGAAUGGAACUCGACCGAGUGGGGUCUCCCUCCUAUCCAGUUUUAG